AUGGCGCGCGGGGGUGACGGGUCCCGCCCAGGCCGGGCACAACCGGAUAGUCCGCUCCCUACGCUCACAGAACUUCGCCGGCGCGGGGGCGGGGCCUGGCGCUGCCACGCCCCGCGCGGCGCCGGCGCACUGACGCCAGGGCUGCAGACGACGGAAGCUGGACAGUCGCGCGUCGUUGCCGGGCAACUGUCCAGCGGAGGCCGAGGAGACCCCCCGCAGCCUGCUGCGCCCGCGGGCGGAGGCGGAGACUUGGCCGAGGACACGCCCCUGUGCUGGACCGUUCGCCCAGACGCGUGGAGGAAGAAGCCGGGCAGCGGCUCCGGUCACUUUUGCCUGGGUGACCAGGCUGUGUAUGCGGUCUGUGUCCGUUCCGCAGCGACAGUGGACCCACACCAGCCCAUCCGUACUCCCGAGGGAGCCGCCGGCAGCUGCUGGGCGGCGGGCGAGCAGGCAACCCCGUCGGGCCCUGUCCAGCCCCGGGCAGCUCCCGCACAGCGGUGUGGAUGUCUCCUGAGCAUCUUCCCAUCGCGUCUAUGCGGGCUUGGCGGCACCAACAUGCAAGGCCAGCGGGAGCUGGGGGGAGCACCUGGCCACGUGCCCCCUCUCUGCGCGUUUCUGAGUGACCUCGCAGAGCAAGCAGGCGGGGUUUCCUUCUGCCGGGUUUCUGAAUACAGCGGUGCAGGCUCGGCACCUGGGACACAGGGCGGUGACGCUGUGGGGUGGGCGAGUCCCCGCUCCCUUCUUCCCCCGCCCGAUGGGGAUGGGGAAGCCAGGAUCUCUGGGCGCAGCGGAGAGGGCUUGUCUGCCUCCGCCAGGGGUCCAGACCUAGGGGAACACAGCGGUGCCUGGGGAGAGUUUGAAGGCUUUCGGGAAUCCUCAGCCAGGUCUGAACAAUUCUCUCAGUCCUUUGAGCUCCCGGAGAGGCCCACAGAACCUCAGCCGACGAGAACCAUUUCUGCCCAAAAGGAGCCUGGUUCUCACCAGUCUCACCAGGGUGGACCUGGGGUGACAGGAACCAGCGCCAUCACACCUUCUGAGCCUAUUGUCAGCUAUGAGAAGAUUUUUAGGUUCGCUUUUCAAGAAGUACCAGUCCCACAGGCAACUGAAGAUGUUUCCACCUUAGACCAUUUCUUAGAAACAGGCAAUGAAGAAAAACUUGGCCUUGAAUCUGUGCAUAAACUGUGUUCCGAACCCAGAAAACUCUGGAGAGCUCUUCAGAGCUCCAGGACCGUGACGACUUCCCGAGGCCUCUGGAGCGAGUCCCGUUGCCGGGAAAACUUCCUUCUUGUUCUCGGAAUAGAUGCUGCUCAGAAGAGCCCUUCGGAGGGCCCGGGACGCACUCUGGGAGACCCUGGCCUCCACGAGCCUGAAGAGCUCGGCUUCCGCCUGCACCGCUGCAGAGCCCUGAUCCAGACCAAGGUGAGAGCCCGGGACGCCUGGGGCCUGGGUCUCGGGUUCCAGUCGCUUCUAUCCUUUAACUCUCAUGGGCUCGUAAGAGUCAGAGGGGCGGCAGGCGGCCUCCGUCCUGCCGCUCCUCUGGAGGAAAAGCCUCUUCCGGGAACAGGGUCUCCCGCCCACCCUGGGACCACGUGUCGGGGUGCGCGGUUAGCAGCCCAGCUCCCGCGGGGCGCGAGCUCAGCCUGGAGAGGCGCGUCCCCACCCCCGCGCCCCAGGACCCCGUGCUGCCCCGGAUGUGGAGCUGGCUCUGAGCGCCCCCCUCCCCCAGGGAGAAGGCGGGGCGGCACCGGGUGGAGUGCGGGGUGCCACGCAGGGGGCGCCGAGGCCAAGGGCCUGAUCCGGAGCUGGGGCGGCAGGAGGGCGUGGAGGGAGCGGCGCGCGGAGACGGGGCUCUCGGCGGGAGCCGGCUCCGAUGUGAGUUGGCGCCGCCCGGCUGGCGGGAGACGGGCACAGGGGCCACCCCUCUGCCCUGUGAAACCGCGGGGCAGGAGGCGGAACCUUCUAGAGGCACGUGGCUGGAACCGUCUUAGAGCAUCAAGACAGAAACGUCCCCAGCAAGCCCCCCACCCCCACCCCGGUCAGCCCCAGCGGCGACCGCGGCCGCGGCGCGGUUCGUUGGGAAUUGUCCCUGGGGCCACCGGCCGGGUGGGAGGAGGACGAGGAGAGCGACAGGGGCCCGGGGCCCAGCGUGCCCUCCUCACGGUGCAGUCCCGUUUGCUCCGGGUGAAGCUGUGGCUUCUGUCCCCGCGCGCCUCUGUGGUGGCAGCGCGUGGGGAGGGGCGCAAGAUGAGGCUCCCAGGGACGCCAGGCGGCAGACAGGGCAGCCUGAUCACGUACAGCCUCUUCCUCAAGACCCCCAUACACGGAAAUGGGCAAUACACCACAAUUCCAAGGAAAAAGACGAUUUUCAGUCCUCGUAACCUAAAAAUGGCAUUGUUUAACAGUGACGUUUGCUAAAGCGCGAGGACUUUGUGUCUGGAUGAGGGAUUUUACGGUUUCUUACCGGUUUGGUUUGGUACUGGAAACCAGAGCUAUUUCGUGGAGGGGUGUCCUGUAUCAGGGCUGACGCUUUGAUGGGGGGUGUGUCCCUCGGCAGAGCCAGUCACCAGGAAGGGGGCACCCGGGACCCCAGGAGCCCCACCCCAGCCUGGCUCCAGGGACCCCCCCCGGGAAGGUGUUGCCAGCCGCUGGGGGCACCUGUGAGGGACCCCAGGCCUGGCUGCCUGAGCCAUGCUGCCUGGGACCCCAGGGUGGCUUCACGUGUGGCUGGAACUGUCACUGGGAGCAGCCGUUCAGGGACCCGGUAGGCCCUGCGUGCGUUGCUGCCACACUGGCCCCUGGCCUGGGUGUCCACGUGGCAGGGCACGCGCAGGGGUAGGUGCUGUUCCCGCAAAGCGAGUGUGCUCGCCUGCCCGGUGCCUGGGUGCGUAUCCAGUGGUGAUGUCUGCCUGCGGGCAGGCGAGCCAUCCUGUAUCAGCUGAGGGAACCUCUUAUGACCGCAGAGCCCAGCAGUCGGCACUGCCUUUCGUAAAAUUUUAUUAAGUAACAACAACAGCCUGGGGCUUCCCUGGUGGCGCAGUGGUUGAGAGUCCGCCUGCCGAUGCAGGGGACACGGGUUCGUGCGGUCUGGGAAGAUCCCACAUGCCGCGGAGCGGCUGGGCCCGUGAGCCAUGGCCGCUGAGCCUGCGCGUCCGGAGUCUGUGCUCCGCAACGGGAGAGGCCACAACAGCGAGAGGCCCGCGUACCACAAAACAAAGAAACAAACAAACAGAAAUAAAUAAAUAAAUAACAACAGCCUGGACAAGCUGUGUUCUUGCUGA